GAUGCUGAAAUCAAGAAGCUGCUACUGUUCAUAUACAAUGGUUUUGUUACUUCUAUAGUAUUGAUCUCUAAUACUAAAAUUUGUUACAUUUAAAGGUAUAAAUAAAAUCCACACGUCUUAUUCAGAAUUCCCUUUAAAGUUGUUUUAGCUGUCCAACGUCAACAACUCCUCCGAAUAAAGCCGCGUUGUCAUCUUUGCUAGGCCCUUAGACAUGAGCCGAAACAACCUAGGUAUAUUUUCUAUAACAUUACGGCUGUCAUUAUUGUUUUACUCCUCGUAGAGAGCGAAAGAAAAAAAAACAUAUCGAAAUUGUCUUUGUGUGCUCCGAUAACAUCGUUGCAGUUUCUUUAUUAACAUAGUUACGAUGUAUUCACUUGCUCCUACAACUCGUAUCGACACCAAAUUCAAUCAACUUGCUUUUACCGUCUCGGUCGUGUUUCAUCCAAUUGAAUCAAUGUCUUACACUUCAUCAUCCUCAAAAUCUAAGCCCCGAUGGAUAUACGAUGUGUUCAUCAGUUUCCGGGGGCCAGACACUCGUAAGAAUUUCGUUUCUCAUCUGUAUUCCGCUCUUGCAAAUGCCGGGGUCAACACUUUUCAGGACGAUGAGAAGCUUUCCAAGGGACAACGGCUAACAGAACUGUUUCAUGCAAUAGAAGUGUCUCAAAUUUCCAUUGUUGUUUUCUCCGGAAACUACAUUUGCUCUACAUGGUGUCUUGACGAACUCGUCAAAAUCAUGGAAUGCCAUGCUUUUAGAGGUCAAGUGGUUUUGCCAGUAUUUUACGACGUUAACCCUUCGUCUCUACGUAGCCGGAGCGGUGUUUCUUACGAAGUCAUUUUUGAAUAUGGUAGUGACCUCCACCGGGUGAAACAAGGGAAACGGAAGAAAGCACUGAGGGAAGCAGAAGGUUUGGCAGGCUGGAAUGUUUCGGAUUACAGAAAUGAAAAUGUUAUCGUGAAGGAAAUUGUUAGUGAAGUUUUGGAAAGACUAGAUAGAACAUGCAUGUGUACCACAAACUUUCCAGUUGGAUUGAAAUGUCGUGUGCACAAUCUAGUCUUGACAUCGCUGCCUCUUGACCACCAGGCCCUUCAGCAACCUCAGUCCAACCUAACAUCGUCCCAGCAGUAGCCUGCAUAAGUCCAGCCUAGUCCAGCUUACAGUAGUCCAGUCUAGCCUAGUCCAGCCUGCACCAGUCCAGCCUACACCAGUCUAGUCCAAUUCAAUACCAGAGCCAACAUAGACUGUGGGAGAGGACUCUGAUUCUAAUGACUAUAUAGACUAUUACGACCAUACAUGACAAUUAUUGAGGAUUAGUUUUUAGUUUG